UCACUGUGGUCUGCACUACGAGCACUUUUCUGAAUUUCAUUUUCUCUUCAAAAUUUCAUUUACUUAUAAGGAAAUUAAUAACCGAAUAGUAAGACCUUUUAUAUGCUACCUUUUAUAUGCUAGUGGGCUUUGAGGGAAUUUUCUGAUAAAGUGUAAGGUUGUUAGGGACUAAAUAGUUGACUGAAAAAUAAUUUGCAGUGUAUGCUAGCACGUGCGGCUGUUCUGGCUUCUGGAUUCAUUGACUGUUGAAGAUAUAGAAGUAUCAAUAUUGACUAAUUUAAUAAUAACUGACAGUUAAACCUUCCCGUCUGGUUACAUAAAUAUGGCGGCACCAGAUGAGUUGGUGGAACCAACUAAUACCAUUUUAAGGAAUCAAGUUUCCAUCGAACAAGACAGAAUUGUUGACAGAGAACUCUUAGCAAAGGCUGUAACAAUGUCAAGUGAAGCGAGAUUGAUUGAUUUUGCAUUUAUGAAGCAAAUUUCAUCCAACGAUUUCCCUUUAGUUGGAAUCAUGGUGGCAGACCUCCUAGACAGUAUUUCAAUACCUGUUUCACUUAAUGAUUUUUCAAACUUAAAAAGAAAUUCGGAAAAAUCUUUCUAUGGCCAAGGAUACAACAUCUCAUAUGAUACUUCUCUGAGAGAUGCUUUGGAAAUCGAUGGUUCUAGAGUUUGUCCUUUAACACAUGCAAACAUUGAAUUAUCAUCACUAAUUAUUCAACACCUUGGACUGCCCAGCAAUGAACUUUUGAAUGUUCGAGCAAAACUUAGAAAACUGCUUUUGUAUGAAAUUGGUGGGCAUUAUAUCUUUGAUUCCAAUCAAUUAGAUACCAUUGGAACAGUGAUCCUUCAAAUACCUGUUGAAGAAGGUCACGAAGGUGGGCAUUGGAAGGUACAACAUAAUGGUCCGAGUCAAACGUUUAUGAAUGAUUCAAAAAGCGACACAAAUUUUUAUUUGUCGGAAUUUUACGGCAAAUGCAAACAUUCAAUGGAAAAAGUAACUAAAGGCUGCAAUGUGGCGCUUGUCUUCGAAAUCGUGUGUACCAAUGCCAAGACUACUAUCCCUUUGGAUUAUCCAGUUAUAUUAACUGCCUUAAAGGAGAUCAAACAAUCACUUAACCCUUGGACACUUGAUUUUCCGGAAGAAAACCUGAGCAAUAACGAAUUUCUGUGCCUUGAGAAAUCUUGGGACAAACAGGUUUUAUAUUUUGAUCUACAGGAAAACUACGAAAAACGAGACCUCAAGUUUCAGCUCCUUCGAGGAAAAGAUAAAAACUUGGCCCACCUUCUCCAGUGUUGCUCAUUUCUCGACGUACAUCUUGUUAAUUUGAUACAACAGGAAGCAGGAAUCCCUCAGCCACACACUGCUGAUUCCGUAGAAUCAUCUGGAAAUGUUGGUCAAGAAUUUUCCUGGCAAUGGAUCGACACUGAAGACAACAUUCGGAAUUUGGCCUUGAAAUUAGAUUUGGAGCAGCAAUGUGUUGGACCCUUUCGACCCCACGUCAAUUCAAAUACAGUUAUUCAAGAAACUGAAGAAAUGACGCAGGAAGAAGAUUCUAAUUCCGAAAUGACAACUGUGAAACGAUGCUCAUAUCGCAGCGUAUUGGUUAUCUGGCCCAAACAUCAUUCGGUGUGGAUGUAUUGUCGUUACGGUUUACCUUCACUGAUAACCCGAAUGGAAAAUUUACUUGCUUCGACGUCACAGUGGCAAGAAGAGGAACGUAAAAGGGUAACUCGGGACUUGCGUCAGUUAGUCCAUUAUUGCUGCGCUCAACCUAAAUUGGUGUGGACCAACAUCGAUAUGCAAAAAGGCGAAUUGACGUGGAAAUUGCUGUAUUUCUGCAUCACACUACGAGCUCGUGAAGAAGGUCUCACUUUGUUGAAGACUCUGGGCGCCGAUUUUGAAGAACAAUGUCAAGAAUUGCUUGAAAUUAGUACGGAGGCGUUUGAAGGAAUUCAAAAUGAACUAGUAGCUGAAGCAAUAGCUAAAUUCCAAUGUGUAAUUGCAGGCUGGGUUGACAUGGCCGAACUGGUAAAACGGAUGAUAACCCCAAACCGGAUUUUAAAGCAGUUGAUUCCGAUUAUUAAAUUGGCUGAAUGCCUGCUUGAUGUCAAUUGUGUGGAAGGAGCCAAGAUGAUAGGAGAUACAAUUUCGACCUUCUUCAUCAAUAUGGAACAUGGAGGACCAGCGUCUCAAGCUUCUCAAGCGUCAACGGUUACACUUUUGUGUGUAAAAGCAUACCUCGGCAUGGUUCUUACGCUAGAGAGAAAUCCGAAGACUUCCGAUCUCACAAGAAUGGAAUCUUUCGUUAUCUUCUUUUCUAGGUUACGGUCAUCAGUGCAGUGUCGCUUGGUGUUAGAUUUGGAAGCUCCAAAUUCAUUGAUAAAGAUGACUUUAUCUUCCGGAUUCAUGUUCCACGACAUGUGCAAGAUUUUGUCUCAUGAUUGCAACUUCUACGCGCCACCCGUCAAGCUCAACGCAGAGGGUUUGUUGAAAUGCUAUAUUCGAUUCGGAAACGUCGAUUGGCUUCAAUCACUAAUCAACAAAAUAUGCCGAGCUCCCCAACCAUCAGAAAUCGCAGAGAAAUUCAAUACUUCCAAGAUUAAUUUAUUGACAAGAAUUAUUUCUUCAUCGUCGCUCGUGGAAUUGGCCGAAUCUUCUGUACCCGCCAAGUCUACGAUGAUUUCGUUAGUGAAAAACUAUCUGUUGUUGUUGGUUGACCACUUUUCAACUCUAAUUGGAAAAGAUUAUCAAGUUCUGGUUCCUGAGACUCCUGAUGUUGACAUGCCUCGACGUGAAACUUUGCAGAAAAGCUUGUCAUCGUGUAUCCUGUUUUUUAUGCGGAUGGAUCCGAUUAAUUUUUCAACGGAGUCACUCUACUGGUCACUUAUCUCGUUGCUACUUGCCAAACUUACAAUUCCUCAGUUGUUUCAUUUCUUGAUCCAACUCUUUCAAGGUUUCACGACCACCCAGCAUGGCCUCAAAAAUGGCAUCAUUAAACAUGUCUGCGAAUUCCUCUUAACUCGAAUGAAAGAAAAUGUAACAGUGAUGCAUAGCCGAGAAGACAUCCUCAAUGUGACAAGGUGUUUCAUUCAGACAGGAAGCAAAUCACUAAUCCGAUCGUUUCUGGAGCAAGUUUGUGCAAACGAAAUAAUUGGAUUUUGGACCCAUACCGACAAGCAGAAGUUGUUCAAACUCUUGGUGUCGUCCUGUGAUGUUUGGGGACAACUCUCUUCAUCGAAGAAGUUAAUCGUUUUGGAAACCUGUAACUACAUCGUCAUAAACGGAAUUAAUGACAUCAUCCGAAAGUUGGAUUCUCCAAGUGCUUCGACCAACAUCACACCUAUACUCUUCGAGUGUGUCCAACUUUUCAUUCUGACCGAAAGGAAUCGUUUCUCUGAUGGACUGCGUUGCGUUGCCUUUGUGUUUCAAGCUCUCGUGGCCAAGUUAUCGAAUUCUCAGUUAAUGGACCUUGUGAUGGGCGUUUUCGUGAUGGAAAAAAACGAAUUUCCCGCUACAAGAAAAAUCUCCCGCUUGUACAGUUGGUAUCUCGAUACAUGCAGGCGAUUCUUUAGCCUAAACUUUGUGCCGUUAGUUGAAACGGAUUUGGAAAUAAUAGUCAAGAUAUUUGAUUGUCUGCUGUGGCUGAAUGAUGAUAUUUGCUGGAAGAAUUUCGCCUUUCAAGUUUGCGAAUCUUUCCCUACAGAGGAAAGUAAUCUCUUUGUAGUUGUUAUUGUGAGCAGUGAUCCCUUUCGAAAAGCUCUGUUGGAUUCCCCUUCCGCUUUUAACGCCAUCAUCACUAUCCUUAACCAUUGGAUCGAUGCCUCGGUUUCUAAAAACGAACCUCCUUUCAUAUGGAAGCAACACAAAGCUGUCGUGCAUGGGCAUCCUCAAGUGGAAGCUUUUCUUCGUUCACAUGAAAAGCGAAUGUUUUACUACAAAUUUACUUCCACCAAAGAAGCUCAACAUUUUUGCACCGAACUGAAAGUGAAUGGUCCCUUGAAUGGAUUCAGUGUCAAAGCGACGACGCGGUCAAAAAAUUCCAGCUCUGGAAAAGUGGCUUACUGUGAAUUAUUAAAAAAUCGGAGUCAUCACAAACAUUUAUUGCUGGAAUUCGACAAAAGGAAAUCCGAGGUGGAAGGAUUGAAAAAAUUGCUUGCAAGCUUAUUAGAAGAGCGUGACACAGCCAACUUAAGCCCACUUGAACUCGCUCGUCCAGAAGAAACGGAUGAAUCCUCAUCAAGCGAAAUAGAUAGUGACUUAUGCAUCGUGUAUGAAUCUUCAGCGGUCAAACGAAGGAAGAUUGACAUACCCACCUUUACCGUGGUUGCCUAAAAUUUCGAUUUUGAAUGGAUUGCUUUUUAAUUACAUUGUUUUUUUGGUGAAGCACAGUGACACUUUUUGUUUUUAUGUGGAAUUCGACACCUUUUGAUUCUUAUUUUUGUUUAAUUUAUGUUGUUUUUUAACGAUACUUGGUUGUGUGGUCAAUUGACACAAUAAAUCGUUACAAAGAAGAA